CAGCUGUAGCUGAAUAUACUGAAAGACGACGGUAUAAUACGACAUAUAAAAUAACCAAUCUAAAAAAUUACAGAAUGAAGAGUAUUAUUUCCUAUUUCCUAAUAGCAGGGACUAUUUUAUCGACCGCUUUUUGUGGUUACAGCGAAACAACAGACUGUGAUCUGAAAUUAACAUGGUCCAGGAAAAAAUUAUCUGUCUUAGUGGUGAAAAAAAAAGAUGAUGAAGGUGCCGUAAAUGCAUUAGUUGACGUUAUUAUAUGGCUGAUUCAAAAAAAAAGGGUGAAAGUAUUUGUUGAAAAAGCUGUGGCGAACGACCUUAUACUUAUCAAUAACUUAAAAUUAUCGGCAGUCAGACAAGAAUUGUCGUGUUUCGAAAACGAUAAUGCUAUUAUGAAAGACACAAUUGAUUUCAUUAUUUGUUUAGGCGGAGAUGGGACAUUACUCUAUACUUGUAGUCUAUUCCAAGAAACUGUACCUCCAAUUAUAUCGUUUAAUUUAGGUUCCAUGGGCUUUUUAGCGCCAUUUUCAAUUCAACAUUUUCAAAAGGACAUAACUAAAGUUCUUGAAGGGUGUGCAACGAUAUUUCGUCGAGAUAGAAUCGCAUGCAAGCUUUUUAAAAAGGAAGAUGAUCUUAUGGAACAUCCCAUACAUUUUACGGUGCUCAAUGAUGUAGCUAUGCGACGUAUAUCGAGCAGUCUUACCAAUUUAAAUGUGUAUCAUGAUGGGUAUUUUGUAACAAAUGUGCAAGCAGAUGGGCUAAUUAUAUCAACGGCAACUGGAAGUACUGCAUAUUCAGCAUCGUCAGGAGCGUCAUUACUGUACCCAAGUGUUCAGGCUAUUUUGAUUUCUACUAUAUGUUCUCAUUCACUGACGUCUAGACCGAUAAUGGUGCCACUAGAUGGUGAAUUAAAAAUUACUUUGCAUCCUGCAUCACGUGAAAAUGUUUCUGUCGUUUUUGAUAAUAAAAAUGAUCAAGAGUUAAGAAUAGGUGAUAGUUUAUAUAUAACGAAGUCCGUGUAUCCGGUACCGACGAUAAAUUCUGAAAAUCAAAUAACUGACUGGUUUAGCUCGCUGGCCAAAACCUUGAAUUGGAAUGUCUGACCAGAGCAAACUGACUACAAAAUUGUCAAGCUUGGAGAUUAAUAGUAGCCAAUAAUUAUAUGUAGUAUGUGUAAUUGAGAUUUUCAGAUAAACAAGUUUUUCUUUAUUUAAAUUUUAUAAUCAAUAAUAUAUAAUAAUUGGAUUUUACCAUAUAAAAAUAUUGUUUCAUUAAAUUAGUCAUGCUUAUAACAUACUUGAAAUCUUUAUUAUUUUAUUUCAAUUUUUCUUUAUUCUAUAAAUCUAACCGAAAAAAUGUUUCCAUUGCCUAAAUGGAGUUUAAUAAUUUUAUUUAGGUAAUUAAUUACUAACAAAUUUCAUUGUUGCUUUAAAAACCUUCUUAUCAGCUUUACAACAAAACGAAGACCUUAAUAGUUAUUACAAAUUCGCGAAUUUUGUUAACACAUACAUUUUUUUUUGUAACAUAAUUAUUACAAAUAAUUUGACAUCUGAUAAUAAAUAGUGUAAGCAAGACCUAUGUACAUAAUCCACAUGUGAUUGUGUGUCUGCUGUUUAUUAGUUGCUAUGUUAAUAUACAGUAAUAUUUUGUUAUCACUAUAAAUAAUAAUAAUAGUCAUACAAAUUUAACAUACUGUAAGAAAAAAUAAUAAAGUUGCUUUUAUUUUGUUUGUUUUUAUAGUUUACAGUUAAUUGUGUUUCAAUAAAUUAUA